AUGGCGCGCGCGGACACCGUACUGCUGUCAACAGCGCCAUUGGCAUUCUCUAAUGGCUCCUUUCAGAUCGCUGUGUUUGAGGACCUUCACUUUGGCGAAAAUUACUGGGAGGAUUGGGGGCCUAAACAGGACGUCAAUACCGUGUUGGUGAUCAAUGAGGUGCUGGACCAGGAGAAUCCUCAGCUCUCGGUGCUAAACGGAGACCUGAUCACUGGAAACAACGCAUUCCGCGAGAACAGUACAGCAGUGAUCGACAAGCUGGUUGCACCCUUUGUAAAGCGCGGUCUAUCCUGGGCGUCAACAUAUGGCAACCAUGACAGCGACUUCAAUCUCUCGAGGGCGGACAUUCUCCGCGCUGAGCACAAAUAUCCUAAUGCGCGGACGACCAACAUGAUGCCAAACGACCGGUAUGGUGUGACAAAUUACUACCUCCCAGUGUACCCAUCAAACGCAUCUCUGGACACUCCAAGUCUCAUUCUAUGGUUCUUCGACAGUCGAGGAGGAUUCUAUUACGACAGCAUCGACCCUGCCACAGGAAAGCAGGUGGGUCAACCAGACUGGGUCGACGAGCACGUCGUCGACUGGUUCACCUCAACUAACGCCGCAUUGACCAAACAACAUGGCAAGGUGAUCCCAUCGAUUGCAUUCGUCCACAUCCCGGUAAACGCUAGCCUGGCUUUACAGCAAUAUGCUGGCGUAGACUCCCACCGCCAGCCUGGCAUCAACGACGACUACCUCCUGGGAGCCCAGGCGCAAGGCUGGUGCGAGGACAAUGUCAGCAAUGGAACUUGCGCUUACGGAAAGCAAGACAUCCCCUUCAUGAAGGCCAUUACCUCGACGCCGCGGCUGUUGGCGUUGUUCUCAGGCCACGAUCACGGCGAUACUUGGUGCUACAAAUGGAGGAAGGACGUCCUGCCGAACCUGGAGGUCCAGGGGAAUGGCAUCAAUCUCUGUUUCGGCCAACAUUCCGGCUACGGCGGCUAUGGCUCCUGGACGCGCGGUUCUCGUCAAAUUCGGAUUCGCGAGAGUGACCUUCAGCAUGAUAGCAUCUCGACUUGGAUUCGAUUGGAGAACAGUCAAGUAGUGGGAGCGGUGGAGUUGAACUCGACGUAUGGACGGGACAUUUACCCUGUGACGCCGAAUACGCAUAGCUAGGUCUCUCGUCAUUUUCUUGGCGGCAUAUUUAGGGGGAGAAAAUAGGUGUAUGGAUGGAUAGAAGUCGUGACUUCGCUUCCAAGUGUGCGUGAUACCUUGAUAUCGCGUAGGACCUGGGACCUGCGCCGGAGCCGUAUCCGAUCCGUGACUGUGGCAUCGACCGGAAUUACCGCAUUCGGCAAGAGCCUAGUGGCCUCAGGUGCUCCCCCGCUGGGCCCGCUGGGAAUAACAAUUAAGUGUCCUCUUCUCUGAGAUCACCACGGGCGUCAUUAAGACUCAUUACCUGG